UCAAAGAAGCUUUGAAAUAUCCUUGGCUAAUGAAGGAGGAUGCUUUGGGGGUGAUGUGUAAACUACUUCUAGAGUACAGUGUGAAUAACGCGUUUACCAGCCCCGGGUGUGAAUUACCGAACGAGCACACUGCAGGGGCAUGCUCAGACUCUUUGGAAGCAGAAAUUCUUCGGAAAAUUGUAGCUAGGCAAAUUCUUUUGCAGUUUUCUUUUUUAUUUAUUUUUAUUUUGUGUGUGUGUGUUUGUCCGGGCAGUCAUUCUCUGAAUUUACGCUGAUAGCAUUAUCUUGUAUAUUGGAAAGAGAGAGAAUCUGUCAGUUGCUUUUUGCGACGAUCUGUUCAAGAAAAUGAACAAAAGAAGCAGGUGAUGUUGCUUCUACCUUAUCGGUUUUCUUCAUGCAUCCCGUCUUUUUCCUGUCUGCAGGAGAGGGAGAUAGAUUACUGUUGAGACAUAGAAUUUAAAAUCCACAGAUUUCUAUGGAAACGUGAGGAACAAUGUCAGUCGCCAAACAUUUGCUUGACAAAGAAGCAUGUUUAGAGGAAUGAAUUGGAGCCAGUUGUUUGACUUUCAUGGAGAUUUCUUUCUUAAGUUGGUCGUUCUUGGAAAGCUGUUUUUCUUUAUGCAAUAAAGCAAAUACUUCACAUUCGAAACUGAACUAGACGAAGAAUACAUUCGCUUCUUUAUAUCUUUAUCCUAUCUGAUGUUUUUUUUUCGGUUACUUUUGUUUUACUUCAAGUCCUAUUAACAUAGUUCAUUCAAAACAAUUUUCAUCGCUUAUUCUUGCCAGCGGGCUCAGUGCGCUUUAAGAGUAGAACACAAAAGAUAUAAAAUAGAAUGAGGUUGGGAUCGUUUUGUGGUGCGAAAGUACAAUGGAUGCCCAGAGUUGUCCAUUUAUCUUGUUGAUCUUUACCUUUCAGCUCGCAUCGUCAAUGUCGUUAUCACACCAGGAAGUGGCAUCGCUGUUGAUGCUAAUGGUGGUGCAGGGUACGCGCUGAAAGAUUUACGAUUUUUCAGAGAGGAAAAAAGCACGUACCUGUACCGCCACGUACGUUUGUGUGUGUGUGUUUUAUAGUCAUGUACCGAAUACCCAGCAUGCAUUACAGCAGAGGGCUGCACGUGCCGCCAGACGCUAACAAAAGCGAGGUGCAACGAGCGAUUAGCCUGCAGUCCGCCCGCCACACCUGGGAAUAGAGACUGAAGUUGCGUUUGAUGGCGCGAGCAUGGGCAACAGACGGUGGGACACCUUUGGCCUGCAAGGUGCGAAACGAUCAUUGCCGUGUGGCCAGCUGCGUGGGCCGUACGUCGCGCGCACCACGUGACACGUGCUUACGUCCUCUCGCUCCGGCGCGGCGCGGCACGUGCCGUCCUGGCCCUGCCCCACCCUCACCUUCCCUGCUUCCCCUCCUCCCACUGAAUCGCAUUUUACUUACCGUUGGAACAUAGUCAGCCAUAGCACCGUGUACUGUACACGACUUACUGUACACGCCAUAAUUAUGUGUCCUGUCGUGAUGGCAGGUGACAGACCCCGAUCUGUUGCACGGCAGGGUCGUGCCCUUUGUUUCGUUAGUCGUAAUCUCUGUUUCCUGUGCUCGGAGAAAUAAUCACUACGUGACGUUAACGUCCGCUGUGAGCGUCUAGACUAUACUUCUCUCUCUCCCCUUCCCCCUCUCUGACUCCCAAUCAACGUCUGGAAAAUAAAUUUCCAACCUCGGUUAAAUACUGCCGCAGGGCAAGAGCAGGAAGAUGGCGGAAAAGAUUUGUUGCAAACCUUGUACAAUUAAAAUGCAGUGUGCUUUGUGUCCGUGUUGUGCGGCGAUCUCUUUUGCCGGAAACAACAUAAACAAAACAAUCAUCAUCGACCAGUACUUACUGCUGUGCCUAAAAGAAGAGACUGGCUAGGUGCGUUUGAGAUAACAAGCAGAAGAAUCCCGUUAUGACGAACUUUUCCGAGAUGCGCUGGCGAACAUUUGUCCGAUCAAAGCAUUCCGAGGUAGUCUGGCAUACAUGGUAUAGGGCAACAGGACGAUAAACUCAGCAACAGCAGCAGCAGCAACGGUGUGUACAGUCCAGUGGGGAAAAAAUCACCUUUUGUUGUUUUGUGACUUCCAGGAAGGAGAGUGCUUCAUAGGUACUGCUCGUCAUACAGAAAUCGAUGUGUUCACUGGUUAGAAUGCAGCGGAAGAGUGAUACAUGUCAUCACCUGCGCCAUGAUUGGGAUCGACAGGCGUCAUCCUGGGAUUUCUUACCGUCCUCUGAACGUGCGAUGAUUGUGUGCAUGCCUUCAUCAAUGGUUUGUUUCGUUCCGGUUUCAGCAGCGGUGUUCGAGAGGUGUUGUCAAAAACGAUCGGAUACGUGUGUGUAAAAAAGUACGUGGCUCAGCACCCUUUGUUUGUGUUUCUCGAAACUGUCCGAAAGGGACCAGAAUUUUCAGAAAACGUUGAAGACGUGUGACAAUUUUGUAUGUCCGUUCCUUGAGUACAACUUCUGUUUUGGAUUAAAAUAAUAACCCUGUGCCGGUAACUUUUUUUUUCUGACGGAGCAGCUGCAGCAAAGUGCUUUACAACAGUUGUUCGUCCUCGGACGUCAGGGCGUCAUGACAUGCGAAGGCACAUAUUCUUGCCAAUCGAAUCUGCCAGAAACUGCCGAUGGAUCAUUGGAACUGAGUACUUACAUGACGUCAGCCUUUCACCGGAACCAGACAGAGCUGCUCCUGUUGCUAGGCCACGGGCAGGUGGUCACCGUCCUCUGCCUCUCCUUACUUGCGAUCGUCUGCAACGUGGCGGCCUUGUUCCUGACCAAGUUCACGGGCGGGGGCCAGAGCCCCGUCAUGGUCUUCGUCCGGAUGUUCUGCCUGGCCGACGUUCUGGUUGGCUGCUACGGCGCGGGCAAGAUGGCCAUGAUCCUGUACGCGGACAACCUCAUCAUCAAUUUCUUCCUUCCGGAGAGCUUCUUCUUCACGGCAACCACUGCUGCCUCCUUCUCCCUUCUGUUCAUGAACCUUGACCGAGUGGCACGGGUCACGGCUCCGCUGUGGUACGCCCAGCGCAUGGACAAGGCCUCCAUCAUCACCGGCAUGGUCUUUCUCUGGAACACUUCUUUUGUGCUGGGUUUCAUGCCCUUGCUGGGCUGGAACCACUGGGAAGCCAGCGGGCACGAUGCCUUCGCCUUUUUCACCUUCUUCCCGUGGCACUUCCUCCUCUUCGUCGGCUUGCUGUGGCUGCUGUGCGUCGCCGGAAGCACCCUCGUCCUCCUGCUUUUGCGCCGACGACGCGACCUGACCUUGCGGCCGGAAGCCGACCCGACGCUCUACCUGCGCGAGGCCCAGCGCUACCGGAAGCUGCGCGUGACGGUGGUGGUGGAGCUGAUCACGUGGGCGAUGUGCUAUGGACCGUACCUACUGUUCUGGGGCCUGGCAUGCGAGGCAUGCGCUCUGGCCGGCACGACGAUGGCGGAUGGUGGGGCCGUGUACUACUUCGUGGCGGUGUUCGUCAUCCGCGCGUUGAGCGGCGCGUGCGUGCAGGUGUACCGGACGGUCUGGGUGCAAGGGCUGGUGAAACUACAGGCCGGCCAGUCGGCGGUUGUGGCAUCUUCGUCGUCAUGGCUGCUGAACUUUCGUAAACGGAGCGGCAAGGAGAACGGCAUCGCCACCAUCGCCAACUCCAACCCCAUGUGGCACAGGGGCAGAACCGGCGUCGCGUCGCGGCGGACUUCAGCGGAAGAGGCGAGCGAUGCCGACGCCGUGCGCAAUGUGACGGUUGGCGCCGACGUCAACCGUCACAGCGACAGAGUUGCCGGGGCCAUCUACAACCCAGCCUACCGGCUUUCCUUUCAGCUGGAUCGAGAUGCAGGGGGUAUUUACAACCCGGCCUACCGUCCUUCCAUCCAGCUUGAACCGGAUUCCGGGGGCAUCUACAACCCAGCCUACCGUCCCUCCAUCCAGCUUGAACCGGAUGCAGGGGGCAUCUACAACCCAGCCUACCGUCCAUCCAUCCAGCUUGAACCGGAUGCCGGGGGCAUAUACAAUCCAGCCUACCGUCCCUCCAUCCAGCUUGAGCAGGAUAUUGGUGGAGUUACCGAAGAGAUCACAGCCUUGUAGGAACCCUCUGAGCCCUUUUCCCUUGUAUGACGACCAUCCCUUUGCAUAAUAUGGACAUAAUGAUUGUCAGUGUUGAGAUCAUGUGGAGGUCAUAUUUUUACCAGAAAUGCUGCUGGUGGUGGUGGUGAUGGUGGUGCAUCUGUGCGGUAAUGGAAUUUACGUGCAUGGUGGUGGGAAGAAAGGUUUUAACGAUGCAACAACAGAAGCCAAGUAGAUGGAGGUGAAGAAAUAAUAUUUACUGUGCUCAGCUAUUUUAAAUGCCUAGUUUUAAACAGAAAGCCAUAAGAAGCCUUUACCCUCUGCCACACAACUUUCAAACAAAAACGUGAAUAUUUGGGACACGAUACAUACACAGUCUAGUGUUGUUGCUACUGUUUUCUGUUGUGUCCGUUGUUUUGUAAAUUGUACUUUGUUGUAUUCCUGCCCUUUCUACAAAAUAAAAGAUGGUAUUUAAAAUAAUUGGGAGUGCGUGCGUGGGUCGUUAAGUCGGUGUUUGCAAACGCGCACGUGCGUAUGUGUGUGUAAGGCAGCUAAAUAGAUCACAUUUAUGAAAUUUUACCUCGUUUCUCAUAUUUAUUUUACAGAAAUGUGAGAGAAUUGUGUACAGUAUCCGCGUUCUAUUUAAAUAGAAUUGAUUUUAACAUGAGCACACACUGAUGGCAGCCAAGUCUAGCAAAGUACGCGAUUCGUACCUGCAAUCAACGAGCACCGCUAGCAGUGGACUACGUCACGUUAACAGUGUACUACGUCACGUUGGUACACCAUUCACAACAUCGCCAGCCGUCAACACCCAAACAGAGUGACAGUUCGGGUUAUUUUGACGUUGAAACUCUGCAUUUCUCGUGCUAGUAGCAGUUUUCAGAACCACGAGGAACGCAGACUGUCAGCGUAAUAAUCCUAACUGGUGCUCAGUCUCUCUCUCUCUGAUUAGUGUUGACUGCUGGCAAUGUCAUAUGGUGAAUGGUGUACCAAAAUGAAAUGUUUGUCAUACUCUAUUUUUACUUUCGUUCGAUUGAACAUCUCUGUUUCCCAGACCGUCUGAAAUCUUGCUGUUAUCAUCGACGCAUCAUUAUUUCCUUAGUCUGAAUUUCAAUGCAAUCUCAAAAGUCCAUCUUGAGCUUCUUAGGAUCAGUCACAUCUUGUGUUGUCCAGGAUGGAUUACGAUAACUCUCUAAUCGUCGAUCUCUCUAACCGUCAGCUGGAUAAACAUUAGCAGACUGAAUAUAAUGCCGCUCAUGUUUUCGAUUCCGUAGGCGAAAAGCAGAACCUACUACACCCCUCCUGACAGGCUGCAAAUUAAAACUCGCAUUGAUUACAAGAUCCCUACGUUGUGUUACCGUUGUCUUCACGGCCUCCCAACUACAUACCUGUCUCAGCAACAUCUGAGCAACCGAGCCUUACCACCCGAGUCGGUCUCUUCGGUCUGUUGAUCUUGCCACGCACCAGUCGAAAAAAUUUUUUCUCGUACUCACACCUUACUGUUUAGAAUUAUCUGCCCCUUUCUCUUCGAACUUUUUCUACAAUCGAUGGCUUCAAGUCCGCUCUCAGAAUCCCCUUCCUCAAAAAAUAUCUUUUAUAAUCAAGAGUAAUAU